UCCACCCUCCAAAAGCAACACUUUGGAUCCCUACAAUCGAUCUCCCUAUUCCCUUACCUUUACAAAACCAAACCUUUUUUUUCCUGGGCAAUCCCUUUUCCAUUUCUCUCUCAGAACCCCACAACAAUGGAGGAUUGCAUGAUACUUUGCAUGAGAAAGCUGGCGCUUUGGUACACCAAAACCUUCAAACCCCUCAUGACGCACGACGAGCUCGAGCCCAUCAUGGCUACCAUGGGCUUCGUCGGACUCCCGCCAGACCAGGGAAGUUCUCCGCUCCUCUGGAAGGAGUACGUUUACGCGGCGUCGCUGCCUGUGGUUUCCUGGCGGUCCAAGUCUUCGUCUUGCUUGGGUUCCACGGCAGGUGAGCUGCCUACGACGGACCCCCCUAGACCGAAGUUGCCUUACCCCAGGAUCGAUGGGCUCCACAUUUACACCUAUCGCGCCUUCCUUGAUGCCCUUAACUUUUAUCUCGAGAAGUGCGAUAUUUCUGAACUCUUUCACAUUAGGGGAAUGCCUCUUCAUCGGAGUCAUGACCGGAGCAGGAAGUGGAGAUGUAUGGAAGAAGAUGAUAGUGUGUUUGUCUACAGGGAAGGAACACUGGAACAAACGACAUAUAACUUGUAUCACUUCAACAAGCCAAACUCCAGCAGCAGCAGCAGCAAUGGCAGCUGCAACGGCUACAGUUCCAUAGUCAUUCGUGACAAAGGGAACAACACCCCUGUUAGCUGCUUUGUCCCAUUGAAGGAUAUUAUAGUAUGUAUGGUAUGACUACAAACAUGCUUGGACACUUAAAGCAUAAACACCAUGCCCGUAAGGCUCACAUUUUUGUCAUGGUGUUGAUAUAAUUCAAGUUGUUUUUUCGAGUUUUUUUUUAAACAAUAAUGAUAUAUUUAAUCACAUAGAAUAAUUUCUUUACUAUUAGAUACACCCUUUUUUCAUCAUCAAGAAGGAUAAAAAAGAAAAAGGGGAAAGAACUAGAUUGCUCUAGUAUCACCCGUCGACUUAAAUUCGGUGCAGCCGAGUUAAAUUGGGACCCAGGAUACUACAUUGAGCUGACAACGUGGGCUCUGCUGCUCACAUGGAGAUAUCUGUGUGCGGCUCGGACUGGUUCUGAUGGACCUUUGUUUGAAAGUUUCUCCAGGUUGGGCCAGGUAGUUGUAGCAAGCAUAAAAGACAAAAUUCGCUAUAAUUUGCUACUUAGCCUAAACAUAAAUCCCAAAAUUGAAGGAACAUAUUUGAAAUUUGUUGUGCUAUAAUUUAGCAUGAUCCAACUAAUUUCAUUUUUCUUUUGUUUAGGUCUUUUAUUAGUUUUUUCAAUGAAAGAAUCCCAAUCCCAAAAUGCUGUUAUUAACUUAGUAAUAGCCGGAUGGAUAGAUUCAA